UUUGUUUACGAUGUUGUGAACUUCACACGACGAUUACUUGUGUCGAUUCUGGGAAGUGAAGUUCCGAAUGUUUCGCAGAAAGAAUGCAAGCAGAGCGAAAAUGACGUGAUGCACGAAUACGACUGGUUCAUGUACCCGAACGACAGGAACUCCUGCAUUUCGUCGAAUGUCGCUUUUCACCUCGCAAUGAGCCCAGCAUUCGAAAUUAAAGGUUAUGACUGGAAUCAGAACAAUUAUUCCACCUGGACUGAGAGUUACUCCGGCAUUCCAACGGCAAGAAUAUUCAUCCUUCCAUCGACUGAGCAAGAAGUA